GCAGAACGUGUCGAGUGCAAGGUCUAUCACGGUCGGUUGUCGCCUGUCGACGAAAAAAAUUAAAAUAAUUAUAUAAUAAUAAUAUUAUAUAUUAUAUAUUAUAUAGGUUAUAGUUGCAUGUCGGACGUGCCUUUUAGUGCCUUACUUUAAAUACCUACCUACUCUUCGGAUGGAAUUUUUAUAACGAAGAUUUACUACAGGUUUUUGCAAACGAUCAAGCCACUCACACCCGUUUUUAAAAUUGUACGUAAUAAUAUGACACUUUACAAUGUACCUAUCAAACAUCAAGAACCUACGAAAAAAUUAAUGAUUUAAGAAGGCACCAAUAAAGAACAAAAAUUGUUGAACAUACUUGAUGUUGGUUAUUGAUUUUAAUGGAAAAUUAAAACACAUGUUAGAGAAUUUACAACCUAACAACAUACAAACUUACAACCUAGCAGAUUUGUGUUCUACAGAACAAAUUGUGUGUUGUUAGAUUUAAUAUUAAAGUGAAAUUACCUAUCAUCAAAUUUGAAGAAUAUAAUUGUAACAAUGGAUUUAAGUGAUGACGAAGAAUUUUAUGAUUCUGAUCAGAGUGAUGUGGGCGAACAAAGUUUACACACUAUGCUCAGUAAAACUCUCUACGACAAAGACCAUGAGUAUGAAGAAUAUGGAGAACAAAUUGCUGGCGAAGAAGAAGUAUUAGGUAGUGUGGAAGAGGAAGUACUUGGUAAAGUCACUGGUGAUGUUGUUCAACAAGAAGUUGUCCUAGGUCCAGUGUAUAGUGAGAAUGAGCCAGAUUUAACACUAAAAUUAGAAGAUGCUGAAAAAGUAGUUUUAACACCAGAAGUUAUAGGCGAGUUAGAAAACAAACAUUUUUUUGAUGGACUUGAUGAUGAUAAUUUUGAACCAAUAAAAAAAAAACUAAAAUUAAGCAAUGAAGAUAAUGCAAAUCCUCAUAAAACUAUUAUUAUGCAUAUACCUCGAUUCAUUCGGUGUAACAAAAUUAGUCAAUCUAUUCAAGUUCAAAACAUUGUAUGUGGUGCAAACAUGGGAUGUCCUUUGGACUUGGUAAGAAUUGUCAUGUGGACUAGUAACUCAGAGUAUAAUCCACUGCGAUUUAAUGGACUAAUUAUGCGUCUUCGUACACCUAAUGUCACCAGCCUAUUAUUUCCAUCAGGUAAAAUGAUCAUGCAAGGUGCUAAGGAUGACCGAACAGGAAAUUUAGGAUGUCGAAAAGUAGCAAAAAUUUUAGAACGACUUGGACACAAUGUAAAAUUUUGUGAUUAUACAGUGCAUAAUAUUGUAUGCACAUGGGAUGUUGGUUUCCCAAUAAUGUUGGAAGAAUUAAAUACUGCUCACUCACAAUUUACCAGCUUUGAGCCUGAGGUAUUUCCUGCGUUAAUUUAUCGGAUGGUCAAACCCCGAGCAGUGUUUUUAAUGUUUGUAAAUGGAAAAGUAGUUUUAACAGGUCUUAAAACAAAGUCAGAUAUAAAAGAAUCUGUCUUUUUGAUGCAAGAUGUAUUAAACAAUUUCAAAAAAACUUGAAACAAAAUAUCAAUUUUAAUUUUCAAGUUAGCCUUUUUAUUUUUGAAAUAUACACAUUUAAGUAUUUAAUAUACUUAAGUCUUAAAUACCA